AUGGCCGGAGAGUUGAACCCGCAGAGUAAAGUCCCUUUCCAUAACUUAGAGCAAGAGCUUAGACUAAGGGACCUGAUAGGAUUCGUUCCCCAGCAUGAUACUGUUCUGCCCGACAUCACUGUUCGCGAAAAUAUUCUUUAUUCCGGCCGUGUGUUACUUGGUGGGCAGCUGCCUGAUGAAAAGAUUCAAGAAUACAUAGAUUUUCUGAUAUCAUCUCUGGGUAUCAAGUAUAUUCGCGAUCAGUUGGUUGGUGAUCUCCUGAAAGAAAGGGGACGAGCAAUAUCCGGGGGUGAGUUUAAACGUGUGAGUAUCGCUCUCGCAUUAGCUGCCGCACCGAGGGUUUUAGUUCUGGACGAGCCAACGUCCGGCCUGGAUUCUACAGCUGCAUAUUCAGUGAUGAAGCUUUUACACUCAAUCUCCCGCCAGGGAAUCAUGGUGGUUUGCGUGAUACACCAGCCGCGCGUCGAGAUAUUCCGUCUCCUAGAUGAUGUCAUGACUCUGAACGCUGGGAUCCAGGUUUAUCUUGGAAAGGCAGCGGAGGCGCAGUUAUUCUUCGAGCAGUUGGGCCACAACUUCCCUGCCACAUCAAACCCAGCAGAUGUCAUCCUUGAUGUCUUAUUACAUUAUUCCCAUGCCCCGCAUUGGAAAGAGAACCAGCCUUCUGGAAUCGGGAUAGCAGACCCGACAACACUCAUUGAGGUAAUGAAGAAAAGAAGAGCGCCUUGGCCUCGCCAACUUUGGCUUGCGUUUUGCCGGAGUAUAAUACAACAAAGCCGACAAACUACAGGCCUCGCUCUAGAGAUUGUAUCUAGUGCAGUCAUUGGUCUCAUGAUUGGUUUGGCUGCUUUUGAAUCUAGAGGCCAAUUCUUCCAAGGGAUCUAUCACUAUCCGUUUGACCUUCUUUCGAGUGCCGUUGAAUAUCGGCUGAUAGCCGAACAGGGCCUUUUAUGUUGUCUCGCCAUUGCUUGUGCGGCUGGUCCUCCUGGGGUGAAGAUAUUUGGGGAGGAGAAGUUGACUUUCUAUCGAGAAUCGCAGUGUGGCCAUUCUCGCAGUGCUUAUUUCCUGGGGAAGAAUUUGGCGGUAUAUACGGCCUUGGGUUCGUUGUAUCGGCCGUAA